AUGAAGGUUGUAUGGCUUUUGGUAUUUGUGUUUUGUUAUGUUGGGGCUGAUGAUCCAGUAAACGAUUUCUCGGAGUUUGACAACGUCGAAGGUGUAGACGUGUUGAAGGAAACUGAAGUAAAGGGUGAGUUUGGAACCCAACCUCCGUCUCAGCAGCAGGUCAGUUUUUUCUUUUAGUAUAAUCAAUGCUUUUGUUUACAAUUUUAAACUGUUUAACAUUGUUUUGUUUUAGGAAGUCUUUGAGGAAGAAGAGUUUAUUGUUGCGGAAGAAGAUGAGUUUGAAGUUCCCAACCAAGUGUCCAGGGAAGAUGGCCAACCUGUUCAACCUGAGAUUAAAAUUAGCCCGUUGACCUUUGCCGAUGUAAGUUAUAUUUUCCUUUAUGUUUUAAUGUUUUAGAUUCCGUCUCAUUUCCGCUCAAAUUGGUCUUCGUAUCAAGUUGAAGCUGUGGCAUUGGUGAUUGUUGUUAUCUACUCAGUCAACUUCUUGCUGGGAAAGGCCAAGAAUCAGAGUCUGGCAAAUAAAUGGUACAGCAACAGUGCUGUCGUGUUGAGAGAACAGUUUGCUUUAGUUGGUGAUGAUGGCACUUCUCAAGAACCGCAAGGAGGAAAUCUGAUAAAAGAUACCGAGUACAACUACUCUAUCUGGUGCUCUGGUCGGGUCGGAGUUAAAGGAAUGCUCAGCCAGUUGAAGCUGGUUAAAAGACAAGAUUUGGUUGGUUUGGCCUUGAACACUUUUAACCCUAAAUCCGACCGUGUUGUACAUAGAAUCGAUUUGGAUCCUCAGGAAAUGGACACACUUGUGUUUGCUGUUGGUCUGCGGAAGUCGGUUGUCAAGUUGGCAAAAGAGUACCCGGAUCUGGUUAGUUUUAAAUUAUGUAGUUUGAUUGUGUUUUCAGUAUUAACUUUUCACCAUUUAUUACACAAAUGCAUUGAUAAAAUGCGAUGUUUUAGACCACUUUUGCGAGUGAAAAGAAGUCGCAAGUCCCAUUACCAAACAACUUUGCCGUAUUUGCCGAGAUCUCAGAGACUAUUCUAACUGUGAUUGAUAACACUUUUCAACAAUUUUUGAAACGUUACGAAAAUUUUGUCGACUACUUCCAUUUCUCUGACCAAUAUGUUGGUCCAAAGUCGCAAGAGUAAGAAAAUUAAGACAAUUGCUUUUAAGAUAAUGUUUUAACGUUUUAGAUAUUAUUAUUUAAAUAUUGGUCUAUAAUAUACCUUUUAGUGAUUCUUUAUCAAGAUUCCAUGACAAUUCUCCUACGUUGGUGUUCAGCUACAUUGUGGAUGACAAUACUGAUGAAGACACCAACAGAAUUUUGUUACAGUUUACGUUUGUCAUGGUAGACAAAAUCAGAAAACUCAAGCUGAGCCGAGAAGGUAAAGCCAAGGCUGACAAAAACAGGAAAGCUGUUGAAGAAGCAUAUCUCAAAAACACUCAUCAUCAACGACAGGAAGCUGCUCAAGCAAGAAGAGAAGAAAGAAGCAGAGAACGAAAACAGAAGUUGUUGGAGGAAGAAGACCCGGAGAAGCAGAGGAAACUACAGAAAUUGGAAGACAAGAAAAGCAAUAAGUUCAAAAUGCCAAAGAUGAAGCAACUACGAGUCAAGUAG